AUGGCGAUUGUUCCAAGGCAACCCAUCUCAAGCUACGAGCUACCUACUGAGGCACGUUCGGGCUUCACCAAGACGAGACAUGACGGUCUGGCCUUGUCUCAUCUCGCUGCCACGCCCAAUUUGUUCUACCUACUCCUCUCGAGCUCUGCCAACCACGCCACGCGGAUGGACACCAGCACUGGCCAUGUUGACCGCCUUGUUUUUCCACGACCGGAAACGCUGCGUUUCCUCGUCAGCCGCCUAGUGGCCUGUCACAUCCACUUUCUACGCAAGAUGGCAAGAUAUUCUGCCCGUCCUCAACUUCGCCCUAGGCCUUGGCCACCAAACUCAAAAUGUGCGAUUAUAAUUUCUCCAAAGAUCGGCCGAGAUGAGGAGGAGCACGUCCGCAACCACCUUAGCGACACAGAAAACCUGAUGCAACGCGGCCCUAUUACACACUGGAAUGACUCGGACGCCCGUUCGACGGCGCCGAAUAGUCUCUUCGCGGCUAUCAGACUUCAUCUCCCGCCUACAGAAUUUUGA